GAUCGUGCAAGGUUGGGCUGCUCUUCCUGGUUUCCGUGUUCCUCAUCCCGAUCUUCUUCGUCCUGAUUCCUCACACAAGUGAGGCCUGAGGGGCAGUACGGGCGUGGAAGUCCCCGCACCAGCGCCUCCUGCAGCGGAGUUUAUGGACGUCUCUGGAAGGAGAGACACAUGAAGACAGAAAAACAGCUUGCUCUCUGUGUCGGAGCUCAUUGUUCCUGACUCCCCAGUGACAAAGGACAGCAGAGGGUGGCCUUUUCAGCAGUUCCAGGUCCUUCUGGCUGUGAGUGUGGUGGGAGCUGAUUAAGGGCCUGUGCGGACACAUUUGAAGGCACAUUUUGUGACUCCAACUUAACUUCACCUGAGAAAACAACCCUGAGCAGGACCAGGACCAGGACAAAAUGGCUGCUUCUCAGGGCCCGCUGACCUUCAGGGAUGUGGCCGUAGACUUCUCUCAGGAGGAGUGGGAUUGCCUGGACCCAGCUCAGCGGACAUUGUACCUGGAUGUGAUGUUGGAGAACUACAGGAACCUGGUCUCCCUGGCCAUGUCAUCUGGAUACAACCAGGCCUUUUUGCGAAAACCUGGACUACGAGACUUAUUCUCAGAAAUAAGACUGAGAACAUAUAAUGGCGACAGAGGUUAUCAAUUGAAUGAACAUUGGAAGAACUUUAAGCAGGAGUCAAACUCGAAUAUUCCUCAGAGAAGUCAGCUUCCAGAGAAUGAUUAUAAAGGAGCUUGUAUUUUUCCUGAGUUUUCGGUGACAAAGGACAUCAGAGAGGCCUUUUCAGCAGUUCCUGGUCCUUUUGAUUGUGAGUGUUGUGUGUGCUGAUUAAGGGCCUGAGCGGAAACAUUUGAAGGCACAUUCUGUGACUCCACCUGAGAAAACAACCCUGAGCGGGACCAGGACCAGGACAAAAUGGCUGCUUCUCAGGGCCCGCUGACCUUCAGGGAUGUGGCCGUAGACUUCUCUCAGGAGGAGUGGGAAUGCCUGGACCCAGCUCAGCGGACAUUGUACCUGGAUGUGAUGUUGGAGAACUACAGGAACCUGGUCUCUCUGGCCAUGUCAUCUGGAUACAACCAGUCCUUUUUGCGAAAACCCGAACUGCGAGACUUAUUCUCAGAAAUAAGACUGAAAACAUAUAAUGGCGACAGAGGUCAUCAAUGGAAUGAACAUUGGAAGAAGAACUUUAACCAGGAGUCAAACUCUAAUACUCCUCAGAGAAGGCAGCUUCCAGAGAACGAUUAUAAAGGUGGGAAAGUCUUUGACCAAAUGUCAAGUCACAGUAUACAUCAGGUUACUCAUAUUGUGGAGAGGACAAACAAGCCAAGUAAAUGUGUCAGAUCUUCAAAGCAGUCGUCAAUUCACACUGAACAAGAGAAUAUUCAUACUGGUGAGGAGGAUUACAAAUGGAAUCCAUGUGGUAGAGUCUCCAGUCAACCAUUCAGUGUAAGUAGACUUAAAAGAGUCCAUAUUGGAGAAAAACCUCAUCAAUGUAAAGAUGGUGGUAAAACAUCUAAUAGUCCUUCAGUUUUUACUCUCAAUCAGAGAAUUCUUACUGGAGAGAAGCCUUAUAAAUGUAAAACCUGUGGCAAAGCCUUUAGAUUUCAUUCAUGUCUUACUGUACAUGAGCAGAGAAUUCAUACUUGGGGAAAACUGUACAAAUGUAGGGAAUGUGGAAAAGGAUUUAGUCAGUACUCAAAGCAUACUCAACAUCAAAGAAUUUCUGCAGGAGAGAAGUCUUAUAAUUGUUCAGAAUGUGGCAAAGCCUUUAACUGCCAUCCAGAAUUUACUCCACAUCAGAGAGUUCAUCCUGGAGAAGAACCAUCGAAUUGUAGAGAAUGUGGCAAAGGCUUCAGUAAGGCCUCUAGCCUUACUGUACAUCAUAGAUUUCAUAUUGGAGCGAAGCUUUAUAAAUGUAGAGAAUGUGGCAAAGCCUUCAGCCACUACGGAGCCCGUAUUCACCAUCAAAGGCUUCACUCUGGAAAGGACAUUUAUGAAUGCAGACAAUGUGGCAAAGCAUUUAGACAUUCCUCAGGCCUUACUAAACAUCAGAGAAUUCAUCGUGGAAAGAAGUCUUAUAAAUGUAGACAAUGUGGCAUAGCCUUCAACCAGUAUUCCUACCUUAGUAAACAUCUGAGAGUUCAUACUGGAGAAAAGCAAUAUAAAUGUAGAGAAUGUGGCAAAGCCUUCAACCGGUCACAAAGACUUCCUGUCCAUCAGACAAUUCACACUGGGGAGAGACCUUACAAAUGUAGACAAUGUGGGAGAGCCUUCAUCCAGUCUUCACAUCUUGCUGUUCAUCAGAGAAUUGACACUGGAGAGAAACCUUAUAAAUGUAGACAAUGUGGCAAAGCCUUCAGCCAGUCCUCAUACCUUACUGUCCAUCAGAGAAUACAUACAGGAGAGAGAUCUUACAAAUGCAUAGAAUGUGGCAAAGCAUUUAGGCAGUCCUCAAACCUUAUUCGACAUCAGAGUGUUCAUACUGGAGAGAAGCCUUAUAAAUGUAGAGAAUGUGGCAAAACGUUUGCCCACUCCUCAAGCCUUACCCGACAUCAGAGAGUUCAUACUGGAGAGAAGCCUUAUAAAUGUAGAGAAUGUGGAAAAGCUUUUAGUAUGGCCUCAAGCCUUACUUAUCAUCAAAGAGUUCAUUCUGGCGAGAAGCCUUAUAAUUGUAGUCAUUGCGGCAAAACCUUCAGGAACUCCUCAACCCUUACUGGCCAUCGGAGAACACAUACUCAAGAGAGACCUUACAAAUGCAUAGAAUGUGGCAAAGCCUUUGGCCAAUCCUCAGGCCUUACUGCACAUCACAGAGUUCAUACAGGAGAGAGGCCUUAUAAAUGUAUAGAAUGUGGCAAAGCCUUUAACCAGCCCUCAAUCCUUACUAAGCAUCAGAGAAUUCAUACUGGAGAGAAGCCUUACAAAUGUAGAGAAUGUGGCAUAGCCUUUAGCCAGUAUGCCUACCUUAGUACACAUCUGAGAAUUCAUACUGGAGAAAAGCCGUAUAAAUGUAGAGAAUGUGGCAAAGCCUUCAGCCGGUCAGAAAGACUUCCUGUGCAUCAGAGAAUUCACACUGGGGAGAGACCUUACAAAUGUAGACAAUGUGGGAGAACCUUCAACCAGUCCUCACAUCUUACUGAUCAUCAGAGAAUUCACACUGGAGAGAAGCCUUAUAAAUGCAGAGAAUGUGGCAAAGCCUUCAGGCGGUCCCAUAAACGUAGAGAGCAUCAGAAAAUUCAUACUGGCGAGAAACCUUAUAAAUGUAUAGAAUGUGGCAAAGCCUUUAGUCAGUCCUCACACCUUAUUCGACAUCAGAGUGUUCAUACUGGAGAGAAGCCUUAUAAAUGUGGAGAAUGUGGGAAAACCUUCAGGAGGACUUCAACCCUUACUGACCAUCAGAGAAUACAUAGAAGGGAGAGACAUUAGAAAUG